AUGAAGAAGACGUGGCUGAGCCCGUUCAAAGUGCCAGAUGACAGUGACUUUUUUCUGCAGAGGAUUACGGAAAAGGAGAAGCAAAAAGAGGAGAGGCACAAACACCUGGCUCUGUCUGUCCAGGAGAAGAUGAACCACGCUGGGCAGAGGGAGCUGAGGAGAGAAGAGGAGGAGGAAGAGGAGAAGAAGAAGAAGGGUGUGCUACAGAGGAAGGAACAGAGAGUUCAGCCUAAAAGUGUACAGAGCAGAUCCAACCUGAAGCUGGCCAUGAUGACAAGAGAAAAUAUCAAGAAGGAGAGCAUGCAGGAAUUUACCAACCAGAGACGGCACAUGCUUCGGAUGGACUUCGCUUUGAUGGUGACGCGAUCAGAGAUUAAGAAGCUGCAGGAAGCCGUUGUGAAGGAGGAGAGGAGGCUGAAACGGGCCGAGCAGAUGCUGGAAGACGACACGCUCUUGUUCGAGGAGUUCCUCAAGGAGAACGACAGGAACUCUACAGAGGCUGUUAAGACUGCUGAGCAGGAAACCAAAUCUAAACUGGAGAAGAUGGCUGAGAUCAAGAGGCUGACCACUGAAAUGAUGUCCAUACAAAGUGAAAUCUCCAAAAAUGAGGAAAUCCUGAAGGACUACAAAAGGUAUAAGGAGUUCCUGUUCAACUUGUCUCCUCCAGAGUGGCAGGAGGCCCAGAGGGCCAAAACUCAGACAGCCAAAGCCCUGCGCGACAGAAAUGCUCAAGAUAGGAGGAAAGACAUGGAAGCUGAGAAAAAGUCAAGAGUUCAGCAAGGUGUGGAGAGCCCGGUGCCCGGCGCAGGCGGAGCAUCAUUUCCAGUGAGAAGCUCCAGGCUUUCCUCCAGACGGAGCGCCAUGUCCUCAGCACACACAGACAAAGUGAUUCCCGUUUCGAAACCGGAUAGCGAUAGUUCAGAAUAUGAGGACGAACCGGAGCUGUACUUCUCGGACCCCCAGCAGCUGCUGGACCUGCUGACGGAGCUGGAGGAGCAGAACCUGACGCUGAUCCUGAACUCCACGGAGACGGAGGAGGAGCUGGAGGAGCUCCGGCAGGCCAUGGAGACCAACAAGAAGAAGAUGGAAGAGGAUGCAGAGCAGCUGACAUCACAAAUUAACGUCAUAACUGAGAACAUCUCCAGAGAGAAGGAGAGGGCUGCCAGGCUCCAGCUGAAGGCCCGUCUCUUCAACUAUGGAAAAUUCAAGACAGGAGAACAAGACAAUAUGUUGGAUGCUCUGAGUAGGAAGGUGGAGGAAGUGUACCGCUGCUGCGUGGACGACAAGAAGACCAGCCUCGACACCCUGCAGAUGCUGACCAGCAUUGAGGACCACCUGUCCAUGUUGCUGGACCGCAUAGAGAUCAUCCCUGCUGAAACUCUGGAGAAGGUGAAGAAGAUCAAAGACAAGGAGAGGAGGAUCAGGCAGCGGGAAGAGAAGCAGAGGCAGCAGAAACAGCAUCAGGAGGAAAGGCUGAAGAAGUCUUUGGAGAGAUCUCAGGCUGACAUCAAGAAAACAACGGGAAGAAAGCUCAUGUUCAGAUCCAAACCUGCUGCACGAAAGAUCAAGCUUGACAACUUGACUACAACCUCUGACCAGGACAGAAUCGAUGCCUACCUCUUCACCUGAAGGCCCUGACCGGACAUCAGCUUCAGGUCCAGACCGUCUGCUUUCGUGACACGGUAUUUUCAGCCGUUAGAUCAAAAAUUAAGGACCUCUGGUAUUCAAUUCAAAUUUUCAACCAAACACUCAUUAUACGUUUAAAUAAUAAGCUCUUCUGAUGCAGUUACACCAGCAGACCCUUAGUGCUAGAUUUCAGUAUGUUCUUCCCUCAGUUCAAAUAUAUAUUCAUUCUUGGUGGUAACCCUGGGAUCAGCUGUACA